AAUUGAUUACUUUUAAGGAAUUAAAUCAUGUCAUGGUUUUUCUACAAACAUUAAGCUAUGUUUGAUUUUAAUUUCAAUACUUACUGUUUGAUUAAAAAUGCUAUGUUUUAAAAAAAAAACUCCAGGAAUACAAAAUGUCGCCCUUUAAAAAAUUAUUUAUAGCACAUCCUUAUUUCGGAUUCGAUGAAAGACCUUCUGGGUGGUUUAUUUGUAACGAUGGGUAUUUAAACCCUGAAAUUAUUUUCACAGCAGAUCCACAUUUAACAACAAUUAAAUUAGGAGGGCGUCAGAUUCUUAUACAAAAAGCGUUAACAGUGAAAAUUUAUGUAAAAAACGCUAAACAGUUUUCGCACCUUCCUGACUCAUUCCACGCAACGUCUCUAAAACGUUUCCAUAACGAUUUCGCAGACACAAGUGUUGCAUAUUCCGAUUCCUUACCAAGAACACAUAUUUCUAUUCAAAAUUACUCAAUUCAUUUUAUUUCCGCUGAAAUACUAUUUUUUGCAUCGUAUAACGCUAUAAUUCAUAUUAAACCAAAAUUUGAAGAGUUCAGAGAUAAUGCCGUGUCGUUACACGGUUCAAACUCACUCUACCGUAAUUUUGAAAGUGGAGCCAUGGUGCCAUCAUCAUCUUCCAACAUGCAAUACUUUGACGUGAACAAUCAGGAUAAAACGAAAUGGUCAAAUCAAGAAAACGACAAUAUCAGCGAAAAUGGUAUCGAAAUGCAUUGUGAUUUUAAAGAUGAUCAAUGUAAAAAUGUUUAUGCAUCGUAUGUUGACACGGAAAGUGUCAUAACACAACAAAUACCUACAUUCGUUCAAAAUGCGUUUGUUGAAAAUAAUGCUAUUAAAGAAAGGAUUCGUUAUAACAUUUCCUUUGAAAAAAGAAAUUGUGCUUAUGCUCCAAUCCGCUUCAGAAACUGUUACGAAACUUAUAUACCUAUUACAGUUACUCCAUGUUACACACCUCAAUUAUAUAUACCGUUUCAAAAAUUACAAUCUAUCAUUUAUAGUGACAAAAAACGGGAUCGCUCGAAUCACCACUCUUAA